CAGAGAGCCUGCGAGCAGCCAUUCCACCUCCCACCAUGUCUAAGGCUCUAGAUAAAUACUGCGGGUCUAUCUUCUGGAAUUCCUCCUUCUUGGAGCGAACGGAUCCAGACUUUCCAGUGUGUUUCCAACAGACUGUCUUAGUGUGGAUUCCUUUGAUCUUCUUCUGGCUCUGCGCUCCAUGGCAGCUGCUCAACUUCUGCAAACGAGGCAAAGUGAAAUCCCCUAUCUCUAAACUGUACCUGGCCAAGCAGCUCCUGACCUUGUUGCUGUUCUUCACAUCUGUUGCUGGAAUAGGGAUCACAGUCUCAGAGCACAUAACGGAACAAGCUAGCACUUACCCUGACAAAAUCGUCCCCGCCGUCCUGUAUAUCAAUCCUCCCAUCCACGCUGUGACAUGGAUCAUGGUGUUAUUAGUUCAUCACAGCCGGCGGUAUUGUGUCAAGAAGGAUUCCGGAACCCUGUUCCUCUUCUGGACUCUGUCCAUUGUUUGUGGCAUUUUUACAUUCCAAUCUUUAAUCCGAACUGCACUCAAGGAGGAGAUUCCUGACCUGCCUCGCUACUGCUUGUUUUUCAUCUCUUUUGGUCUCCAAAUUAUCAUAAUAAUCGUCUCAUCCAUCUCAGAGGAUAGUGAUCUCACAAAGAAGAAUCCAGAGCUGACAGCGUCUUUUCUAAGCAGGAUCACCUUCAACUUUUAUAACAAGAUUGUUUUCACAGGAUAUAAGCGACCACUAGAAAUAGAAGAUCUCUGGGAAUUAAACAAGCAAGAUCAGACUAAAGUCAUUUAUGAUUCUUUUGACAAACAAAUGAAAAGAGAAGUAGCUAAAUCCAAGAAAGAGCUGGAGAAACGUAGAAACAAGAGAAAGCAGAAAGGCAACAGCUUUGAAAUGAACGGCCUAAGCAAGGCACAAAGUCAGGAUGUGCUUGUGGAAGAAAAGAAAAAAGGGAAAAAGAAGAAAGAAUCUAUAGAUGGAACCGCUAAAGAUUACCCCAAGUACUGGCUCUAUAAGACCCUCAUUAAGACUUUUUCUGGUAUCCUCCUUCAGUCGGCAUUCUUCAAACUUAUUCACGACCUUCUAGUCUUUGUCAGCCCCCAGAUCCUGAAGGCGAUGGUCUCAUUCACUGCAAACCCAGCGGAAUACCAGUGGAAGGGGUUUUUCUACGCCGUCUUGCUCUUUGUAACAGCAAUAAUCCAGUCCCUCUGUCUCCAGCAGUACUUCCAGGGCUGUUUUGUUCUGGGGAUGCGGGUCCGGACAGCGUUAAUGGCUGCUGUAUACAAGAAAGCUUUGACAGUCUCUAAUGCUAUCAGGAAAGAAUCGACUGUUGGGGAGACGGUGAACCUGAUGUCUGCAGAUGCUCAGAAGUUCAUGGACCUGACAAACUUCAUCCACCUCAUCUGGUCGUCACCAAUGCAGAUCGCUAUAUCAAUUGUCUUCUUGUGGGUGGAGCUUGGGCCAGCAGUUAUGGCUGGCCUAGGGGUGAUGGUCCUUCUGAUCCCCAUUAAUGCUGUGCUGGCCACCAAAUCUAAGUCAUUUCAGACAAAAAACAUGAAGAACAAAGAUAGUCGUUUGAAAAUAAUGAAUGAAAUUCUCAAUGGCAUCAAGAUCUUGAAGCUGUAUGCCUGGGAGCCAUCAUUUGAAAAGCAGGUGCAGGUUAUCCGUGAAAAGGAACUGAAGAACAUGUUACACUUUGCCUACCUCUUCUCAGUGUCACUGUUUGUCUUCACCUGCGCUCCUUUCCUGGUGUCAGUUGCCAGUUUUGCUGUCUACGUGGUGUUGGAUCCAAGUAAUGUCCUGAAUGCAGAACGGGCUUUUACCUCUAUCUCACUCUUCAACAUUCUGCGCUUCCCUCUCGCCAUGUUGCCCAUGCUCAUUUCCAACAUGGUGCAGUCUAAUGUUUCCUGUGCCCGGUUGGAGAAGUACCUGGGAGGAGAUGACUUGAAUAACUCUGCCAUUCACAAUGACCCCACUGUUGAUGCAGCUAUCCAGUUCUCAGAUGCCACCUUUACCUGGGAGCCAGAUACGCCCCCAGCAGUAAAAAAUAUUAACCUGGACAUUAAAGAAGGUCAUCUAGUUGCUGUUGUUGGUGGUGUUGGCUCAGGAAAGUCCUCCUUGAUUUCUGCAAUGCUUGGAGAAAUGGACCACGUCAAUGGACAUAUCAAUAUCAAGGGCUCCCUGGCUUAUGUUCCCCAACAAGCUUGGAUCCAGAAUGCCACCCUAAAGGACAACAUCCUGUUUGGGGCACCUCUGGACGAGCAGCGAUAUCAGCGGGUGCUGGAGGCCUGUGCACUUCUGCCUGAUCUGGAGAUCUUGCCUGGAGGGGACAUGUCUGAAAUAGGAGAAAAGGGUAUAAACCUGAGUGGAGGGCAGAAGCAGCGGGUCAGCUUGGCUCGGGCAGUCUACCAGGACACAGAUGUUUACGUUAUGGAUGACCCGCUCUCAGCCGUCGAUGCCCAUGUUGGGAAACACAUUUUUGAGAAGUUGGUCGGUCCCAAUGGAUUGCUGAAAAACAAGACACGUAUCUUGGUGACACACGGGGUCAGUUUUCUCAGGCACACAGAUGAAAUUGUGGUGUUGGUGAACGGCAGUGUCACUGAAACCGGCUCCUACAAAACAUUACUGGCAAACAAAGGAGCCUUUGCUGAGUUCCUGAAGACUUACGCCAAGCAAGAUCACAACCAGGAUGUGGAGCCUACAGUAUUAUUGGCUGAGGAUGACAAUGACGACAGCGAGGAUCCAGUAGAAGAAGCUACAAAAGUGACGGAGGACAUUGUGAGUGUGACACUAAAAAGAGAAAACAGUUUACACAAGAAGAGACGUUUCUCUCUUAGUAUGAACGGCACAUUGAGGAGAUCUCUGAAAAAGAUGGAGAAGGAAGAGGUGAAGAAAAUGGCCAAAGGACAACAGCUGAUUGAGAAGGAGGCAGUAGAGACAGGGAAGGUGAAAUUCUCGGUGUAUAUGAAGUACCUGCGUGCCAUCGGGUGGGGGUACUCAAUCUGGAUCUUAAUCACCUACAUCUUACAGAAUGCAGCGUUUGUUGGACAAAACAUUUGGCUGAGUGACUGGACUAAAGAUGCUGAGGCCUAUAACAACAAGACCUACCCGUCUUCACAGAGAGACAUGAGGGUUGGCGUUUAUGGGGCCUUGGGAGUGGCACAAGGGAUCUUUGUGUUUAUUGGAGCGUUUCUGGUUGCUGCUGGUACGGUGCGAGCAUCACGGCUCCUUCAUUCACAGCUCCUCCGCAAUAUCCUCCACGUUCCUAUGCAGUUCUUUGACACAACUCCAACCGGGAGGAUCGUCAACAGGUUCGCCAAGGACAUCUUCACGGUGGACGAGACCAUCCCCAUGUCAUUCCGCAGCUGGAUAUCCUGCAUACUGGGAGUCAUCAGCACCCUGUUUGUUGUCUGCUUGGCCACACCUAUCUUUGCCGCCAUCAUCAUCCCUCUGGCCAUUUGCUAUUAUUUUGUCCUGAGGUUUUAUGUCACCACUUCACGACAGCUGCGACGACUGGAUUCUGUCACAAGGUCCCCCAUCUAUUCCCACUUUGGGGAGACGGUGUCUGGACUGUCAGUCAUCCGUGGUUAUGGACAUCAGCAAAGGUUCCUCCAGCAUAAUGAAGACACAAUUGACAUCAAUCAGCAGAGCGUUUACUCCUGGAUUGUUUCCAACAGGUGGCUGGCCAUUCGUCUGGAGUUCGUUGGGAACCUCACAGUUUUCUUUGCAGCUCUCUUUGCGGUGCUGGCCCGAAACACGCUGGACAGCGGAACCGUUGGGUUGUCUAUUUCUUCAGCCCUUAACAUCACACAGACCCUGAACUGGUUGGUGAGGAUGACAUCAGAGCUGGAGACCAAUAUUGUGGCUGUGGAACGUGUGGAUGAGUACAUCAAGGUGGAGAAUGAGGCACCAUGGGAAACAGAUCAGCGCCCACCACAGGACUGGCCCGAUAAGGGUGUUGUGAAGUUUGUGGACUACAAGGUGCGUUAUCGAGAGGAGCUGGACCUCAUCCUCCAUGGGAUCACAUGUACUGUGGACAGUAUGGAGAAGGUGGGGAUAGUCGGAAGAACAGGCGCUGGAAAGUCUUCACUCACCAACUGCAUUUUCCGGAUCAUUGAAGCAGCAGGUGGCCAAAUCCUGGUUGAUGGCCAGGACAUUUCCACCGUCGGCCUCCAUGACCUCCGCAAGAAACUGACCAUCAUUCCUCAGGAUCCGGUUCUGUUCUCUGGAACGCUGAGAAUGAAUCUGGACCCGUUUGACCAGUACACAGAUGAGGAAGUGUGGAAAGCUCUGGAACUCUCACAUCUCAAGCCAUACGUGGAAGGAUUAGAGGAGAAACUCUUCUAUGCAGUCAGUGAGGGAGGAGAGAACCUGAGUGUUGGUCAGCGGCAGCUGGUGUGUCUGGCUCGGGCUUUGCUUCGCAAAUCCAAAAUCCUGAUUCUGGAUGAAGCCACGGCGGCGGUGGACCUGGAGACCGAUAACUUGAUCCAGAGGACAAUCCGCAGCGAAUUCGCAGACUGUACGGUGCUGACCAUCGCACAUCGUCUGCACACAAUCAUGGACAGCAACAAGGUCAUGGUCCUGGAUGCAGGUAAAAUCAUAGAGUACGGUGAGCCGGAGGCGCUCCUACAUAAAGGAGGACACUUUGCUUCUAUGGCUAAAGAUGCUGGUAUUGAGAGUACUAACACUACCACAUUGUGAUGAAUGAACAAUACAGCCCAUGUGUGGUUAGACC